CUCGUACCAUCGGCUUUUCCCUCGCGGCGAAAAACGGCGUCGCGAUACGGUGCCGGUCGCACCCACGCGGGCGCCGCGACGCUUCACUCUUCUUGGUGGGGAUAGACGAACCGACUCGGUUCCGAAACUCCCAGAGUCGCGUUAGCGUUCACACAGCAUCGAGUCAUCCGCCGGAUCGGUGUAUCGCCGGUGUACUACUGGUCUCGUAGUUGGGCCGUUUUUUUUCGUCGAAUGCCCGCGAAAAAUAAUCACCCGAAUAUUCGAAUUACCGAAUCUUAAAGCGGAACUGAACGAGGUGAUUGUGCGCGCCGCGAUUUAAAUACCUCCCCCCCCCCCGCCCCCCGGGGAGUGCGAGGGUAAUAAUUCACCGCGACGUGAACGAAACAUUGAAAAUAAAAUCGAACGUCGAGGUACGUGAAGUGGUAAAAAUUUCGGAAGCGAUUCAAACGAUUCGUGGAGCAUUUUGAGUCAGAGGGUGAUAGGGGAUGAUUUCGCGCGCGCGUAAUUUAUCGUAUCUGUAAGGUCCCUUGUAAAUUUUUCGUUUAACGGAGAAAAUUCUACCGAAAUAGUAUAUUCAGCUGCGCGAAAUCGCGGUAGAGAGUAAUUAGUCGACGUUAAUUAAUGCGCCGAAUGUAUCAGCUAACCAGAAUAUCAUCGACGUUCUUUUUGGUUUCCAUCGCGCCCGGUACCUGUUGUAAUAUUUACUCCGGCGGUUGGUAAUUACCUGGCGGAUUUUCCCAUUAAAUUUUCGAAACCGAAGAAUUUCAAUAAUCGGGGAUUUCGCACACGGGGACUGUGACGGGGGAUCGUUAACAAGAUGAUCUACGUUAGCGAGCAUGAUCGAAAAAUCUCGUCAUGUGCCGUUGGAUUAUAGAAAAGUUUUCACUCGAGAGUGAAAAGCGUUCCGAUGUUCUGAGAGUGCUUCUCGAAGAGGGAGAGGGUCGAGCUGCUUAUCCUGACACUCCGACUCGAAAAUCUACGGACCGGUUGCGAUACACGUGAAGUAAGGGAGGGGGAUCGGUGGUGGUUUACGAGUAUCAUCCCGAGAUAAUUCAUAACGCCCUGGGUGUAUCACGUUUAUAAUACGUAAAGUGGUAAGUGUUGUGUGUGGUGUGCGACAAGAACGAGGAGGAGGAGAAGAAGAAGAGGAGCAGCAGCAGGAGGAGGAGGAGGAGGAGGAGGAGGAGGAGGAGGAGGAGGAGGAGGGGGAAGAGGCGUAGUCGAGCGGAGCUCCGAGCCGUCGAGUUAGUUUCGGGUAUAAUAAGAUCAAAACAAGGCGUUUGUAAUAAGAUCAAAAACUACUCUCCUCCGGUCUAACACGGAAACAAGGAGAUCCGUUGUUAGCUGGUGAUGAAGUCGGGGCGGGCGAACGCGUAGGAGUUGCUCGCUUCGUUUCGGAGAUGAGGCCCUCGCUCUCGCCCGCGAUUCUCUGCACCCUCUUGGCGAUUUUCUCGACGCCGGCUACCGAGGCUGGUGAUCAAGAGAGAGAGAUCUGGUACGAAGCUGCCAACAGGGCGAUAGAAGCGCGGGUCAGACAAGCGGCCGCAGCUGCCGGCAAUCCCGGAAGCACCCCUACGAGCGUUGCUCGAGGGGUUGUCCUGUUCGUGGGCGACGGUAUGGGACUGAGUACCUUGACCGCCGCCAGAAUUUUGUCCGGACAACGUCACGGUAAUACGGGGGAAGAGGCGGAGCUUGCAUGGGACACGUUUCCCGCCGUCGCUUUGGCCAGAACGUACAACAUGGACGCCCAGGUCGGAGAAUCUUCCGCUUGUGCCACGGCGUUGCUUUGCGGAGUGAAGGCGAAUUACGAAACGGUGGGUCUGGAUUCAUCGGCGAGAUUUGAAAACUGCUUCUCCAGUUACAAUUCCAAAGUUCCAUCUUUGAUAAGUUGGGCUCACGAACAAGGAAAGGCGACCGGAGUAGUAACGACGACGAGGGUGACGCACGCGACACCCGCAGCUCUUUUCAGCCACGCGUCGAGUCGAUACUGGGAAGACGACGGUAAAGUUCCACCCGGGGCAAGAAGAUCCUGCAAGGACAUAGCGAGACAACUCCUCGAGGACGAACCGGGGCGCAAUAUCAACGUGAUGCUGGGAGGUGGAAGGAGACACUUUGUACCGAAGGUUGCAAUGGACCCCGAAGAACCCGAGAAGGAAGGUCGUCGUCUAGACGGAAGAAACCUUAUCGAGGAGUGGUCGCGAGACCGUCGUCUGAGGAAUAUACCGGCUGAAUAUGUCUGGAACAAGGAUCAAUUGGAAAACGUUGAUCCCAAUAAGGUCAACCAUUUACUGGGUUUAUUCUCCUAUUCGCACAUGGAUUUUGACGUGGACAGGAACACGAACGCCACCGGUGAUCCUUCGCUGUCCGAAAUGACGUUGAAAGCGCUCCGUAUACUAAAGAAAAAUCCUCAGGGCUUUUUUCUGUUUGUCGAAGGGGGCAGAAUCGAUCACGCCCAUCACUACAACAACGCUUAUCGCGCCCUGGACGAAACCCUAGCCCUGGAGGAAGCGGUUCGCGCCGUCAUGGACGAGGUUGACCUCUCGGAGACGCUCCUGCUUGUGACAGCCGACCACUCCCACGUAUUGACUCUCGGCGGUCUUGCCACCCAUCGCGGGAAUCCCAUACUAGGCUCAGACAGCAAAGUAUCCGACCUAGACGGGAAGCCGUACACGACACUAUUGUACAGCAACGGACCUGGACAUACGGAGCCCAGAUCUGUGCUUCGGGAGGCUGGCAAGGAUUCUAUCCAGACUGCCGGUGUUCCAAGGGCUUGGGCUACGCACGGGGGUGAAGACGUUCCGGUUUUUGCAAUCGGACCGCUGGCGACUACUUUAUUUUCGGGUAGCGUGGACCAGAGUUACAUACCCCACGCCAUUUCUUACGCGGCUUGUUUGGCCCAUCACGCUAGUCGUUGCGCACGCGAAUCCACCGUUAACAAUACCAGCAGUCCUCAGUUGAGUUGCCCAUCGGCGGAACCGAACAGUGCAGCGAUUUCAAGCGACGUUAUGAACGACCAAGCAAGAAAUUUACCGACCAGUUCGGCGGCGACUGGUUUCCCAAUCGAAGUCAACGCGACGCCACUCAGGAUCACGGUGGUAUUUUUCGUUGCUUUUAUUUUUCAGAAACAUUUCUUAUUCAAAAUGCCGAUGAGUUAAUGCCUGGUGUUUACGAUACGUGGUGAAAUUUUAUCGGAUGAAAGUUAUCAUUGAACGAUUAGCGAAAAGGGAAGAUGAACAGGGAGGAAUAUGAGAGGUAAUCGAAGACUGUAGGAGAAAUGAAAUUGAGGAAAAUUAUAACUGUGAAAAGUGACGAUGAUUGUUGAAUGAUAGUUAAGACUUGUAGUUGAGAUUCGGUGUGGUAUAUGCGUCGUGAGAAACAGCGUUAGUUUCUGCGUGCAUGACAACGUGAACAUACAUUUAGCGUAAAACGAACUAUCCAUAGAUUAUAUAUUAAGAAUAGGAUCUGUACGAAAAUUAAGUGAAGAAUAUAUAUGUAUAAUAUAUAUUAUAUAUAUAUAUAUACAUUGAUUUGUGCAGACGAAAGUGAAAAAUCGUAAAAGGACUCCGGGCCAAUUCGGCGAGGCGUUCAAGUUCGAUGAUUUCCCGCGUGAAAAAUAUGAAAAAAUUUUGGUGAAAUUUUGUGUACUUGUAAUUAUCAUAUCGUAUUUGCAAUCAGCCAGAUUUCAUUCCGACGAACUGAUUGAAAUACGAUAAAAUCGAGGGUAUUUUGUAUGCUAUGUGAAAGUGCGAUAAUUAUUACUUCGUUUCAGUUCCAGUUAAUUGGAAAUUCACGACUUGAACUUGCCUUGAGUAUUGGACCUUCUCAGCUAUAAAUUAUACAUAUGUAUACAUAAAAUAUACAUAAGACACACAGGUAUAAAAAACCGUGACCAAAACUAGAUGGAAUUUUUGAACGUAAGCGUCGGUCUAUAUUCUGUAAAUAAAUUUAUUAUAAUAAUCUAGAAACUAUCACGAAUGAGAUUUAUUAUAGAAGUGUAUAUUGUAUAUGUAUACCAAUAUAUAUACGCACACAUAUAUAUAUAUAUAUCUGUAUACUAUUGUUUCAUAAAAAAAAGCAAAUACCUUAAAGAAAUCGGACAUUCCUUCGAUUAAAUCCACGUUUACUUUCGAAAUGCCUUCUUCCUUUCGAUAAUUUCAC